CUUUAAAAUACACUUACCUCUAACUGCAUAUAUGCUUGAAUUUUUUUAUUUUGUGUGGUGGUUUGAAAACGUGAACAUUGGGUAAUUGGAGUAUUUUUUAUUUGUCAUGGAUCAAAGGUGGACAGGGUUGCCCUUGCCAGUAAUCUUCUUGUUGUUUUGGAGGAAUGCUGAUGGAUUUAAAUAUGGCUACCCCCCUCCCCCCAGCAAUUUCAAGGAAUGUGCAUUUAGUGGGACUUGUGGGACACAUUCCAAUUCCAAUCAUGGGUGGGGUCAGCCUUCUGAUGCUUUCUCACCUCCUGCAGUCCAGUCUUCCAUGUCAGAGGUCCAUGUGACUGGGAGUUUGCCUAUUGAAGAAGUGGGCUCCAGUUUGUUCCCUAAAAAAACCCUGAAAAGCAAGUCAAAGUUGAAUCCACUUCAGUUUGUGAAAGGUGGUUCCAGCAUCCAUCAUCGGUCAACGUCCCAUGCCCAAACUGCGUCAAGCAGCUCUGUCUCCACUACCUUGCCUCUGUCCCUGAAUCAACAGCCUUCAAGCUAUUUGGUAUCCUCUGGAUCAACCAUUCCAGGUGUUGCUGAUGGAUUAAGUUUGGAGAGAUAUCCAGAGAUGUCCAGUCAGUUUCAGCCCUUGGUGGUAUCUAGCCAGUCUACUAAUAGUCAAAGCUCCCCUAGUUUACAUAUGGUUAAACCUCAGAGCAGUUCAAAGUCAACAGAUGAUGCUACACCUCUGUACACUCGGGGCAGUGUUUCUUACAGAAGCUUAUCUAGCCAGUCUCAUGGCUCUGCCAAUUCUCAUGGCAACUCUGGGGCUAAGUUGUCUGCAAAUUUGGUCCCCAAACGAGUAGGGAGUGGCUAUUACAGUGGUAUGUUGCAGUCUCUCAGUACCUCUAGUCCGUAUACUCCAGGAUCCCUUAUGGCUAAAAAGCUUGAUUCUUUACCCCUGGGGGUUUCUAGCCAGUCUACAAAUGUUCAGAGUUCACCCAGUUUGUCUUCAUCAAGCACCCAGAGCAGGUCUGGCACUUGGUCUGCAACUUCCAGAUACGUUAUCCCUGUGCAAGGAGGUAGUAGCUCUGUUAGUUUAUCUCACAAGUCUCCAGGCACUCUGGGUCAGUAUUCUCCAAUGUCCCCUACAAAAUAUGCAAGUGCUCCAAUGUCUGCAGCUCAAGCUACCACAAACAGCAGGUCUUCCUAUAGAGCAGUUUCACAGGCUGGUUCUCUGUCUCAAAUGGGAGCUUCUGGUCAGUUUACAUCUCUGGGAGGGAAGUAUUACAGGGGGUUUCUUCCACAGUCUCAAGCCACCUCUAGUCCAUAUGCUCUUGGCCACUCCAAGCCCUUUGCCUCACCCCACAGCGCUGGUGGACUAGCUGGAAGUGUCUUGAGUUCCCGUAAGCAAUAUAACUCUGGGGCUCAGUUUGGGGCAUCUACUGGUCUUGCCUCGCAGGGAAUGAGCAGCUCUAACACUGGUUCUGUCCCGUCUCAAGGUACCACAAGUCCGUUUGCCCCUGGGGCUUCCCCAUAUGCAAGUGCUUCACUCUCCUUACCCAAAGCUGGUCCAUCUUCUACUGUUCCGGCUUCUGGGAAGCAGCUUACCUCUACUUACAGUGGUAGCUCUGGCACCCAGGCAGGAUCAUCCAGCUUCACUCUGCAGGGAAGCACUGCUUCUGAUGGAUUACCUCAGCCUCAAGGUCCUGCUAGCCUGUUUUCCCCUGGGUCUCCAACCUCAUAUCCAGGUUCAUCACUGUCCUCAGCCCAAACUGGUUCAUCUACUGUUCCGGGUUCUCUGAAGCAGCUUACCUUUUCCUUCAUGGGCAGCCCAGAUACCCAAACGGGGUCCUCAACCCCUUUUAUCCUGCAGGGAAGCACUGCUUCUGGUGGACAACAUCAUCCUGCAGAUGCUGCAAGUUUGUCUGCUCCUGGGUCUCCGUCCUAUGCAAGUUUAUCACUGUCCUUAUCCCAAGCUGGUCCAUCUACUACUCUGGGUUCUCAGAAGCAGUUUACCUCUGCCUACCAGGGCAGCUCUGGGGCUCAGUUUGGAGACUCUACAGAGGUUUCCUCACAAGAUAUUAGCAGCUCUUACAGUGGUUAUGUCCAGUCUAAAGGUACUACAAAUCAGUUUGCUCCCGUUCCUUCCCCAUAUGCAAAUGUUUCACUGUCCUCACCAGAAGCUGGUCCAUCUACUGUUCCGGGUUCUCUGAGGCAGCUUACCUUCACCUUCAUGGGCAGCCCAGACACCCAGACAGGGUCCUCUACUCCUAUCCUGCAGGGAAACGCCGCUUAUGGUGGAUCACAUCAGUCUCAAGCUGCUGCAAGUCAGUCUGCCUCUGGGUCUCCGUCCUAUGCAAGUGUAUCACUGUCCUUAUCCCAAGCUGGUCCAUCUUCUACUGGUCAGGGUUCUCGGAAGCAACAUUCCUCGACCUAUAUGGGCCGCUCUGGCACCCAGGCAGGAUCAUCCAGCUUCACUCUGCAGGGAAGCACUGCUUCUGAUGGAUUACCUCAGCCUCAAGGUCCUGCUAGCCUGUUUUCCCCUGGGUCUCCAACCUCAUAUCCAGGUUCAUCACUGUCCUCAACCCAAACUGGUUCAUCUACUGUUCCAGGUUCUCUGAAGCAGCUUAUCUUUUCCUUCAUGGGCAGCCCAGAUACCCAAACGGGGUCCUCAACCCCUUUUAUCCUGCAGGGAAGCACUGCUUCUGGUGGACAACAUCAUCCUGCAGAUGCUGCAAGUUUGUCUGCUCCUGGGUCUCCGUCCUAUGCAAGUUUAUCACUGUCCUUAUCCCAAGCUGGUCCAUCUACUACUCUGGGUUCUCAGAAGCAGUUUACCUCUGCCUACCAGGGAGGCUCUGGGGCUCAGAUUGGGGCCUCAGCAGAUUUUGCCUCGCAAGAAAUGACCAGCUCUUACAGUGGUUCGCUGCAGUCUCCAGGUACAACUAACCAGUUUGCCCCUGAAUCUCCAUCCUCCUAUACAGAUUUAUCAUUCUCUUCACCCCAAGCUGGUCCAGUUACAUUUCUGGGUUUUCUUAAGCAACAUGCCUCUCCCUAUAUUGGCACCUCUGGCACUGAGGCAGGACCAUCCAGCUUCACUCUUCAGGGAAGCACUGCUUCUGGUGGAUUACAUCAGUCUCAAGAUACUGCUAGCCAGUUUUUCCCUGGGUAUCCGUCCUCGUAUCCAGGUUUAUCACUGUCCUCGCCCCAAGCUGGUCUAUCUACUAUUCUGGGUUCUCUUAAGCAGCUUUCCUUUACCUUAAUGGGCAACCCUAGCACCCAGGCAGGGUUCUCUAGUCCCUUUAGCCUGCAAGGAAGUAUCUCUUAUGAUGGAUCACCAGAGCCUCCAGGUACUGCUAGUCAAUUUGCCCCUGUUUCUCACUCAUGUCCAUGUGCAUUAUCCCCAUCUCAAGGUGUUUCCAGUCAAUCUACUAUUCAGGGCUCUCAGAAAAAGCUUGCCUCUAAUUUCGCAGGCAGCUCUGGUACCCAGGCAGGGUCCUCUACUGCUAUCCUGCAGAGAAGCACUGCUUCUGGUGGAUCAUCUCAGCCUUAAGAUACCAC